CUUCAGCAGACAACUUGUACUCGCUGUUUUAUUGGUUUAUAAACAGUUUGUUCGGUAUGAAUUGAUCUGAUACUUUACUGUGUGCUUGGCUAUUUAUAAGGUUAGGCAUCAUUUCAUCAGGCAUUUCGCUUCGGUAUAGUAACACCAUGCUGCUUUUCUCAAGGCCAAUAUGACGAUAUAUACAUGAAGGAGAAGUUAUUAGUAUGUGUACCAUAUCUAUCGUGUAUAUUGUAAAGUAGCUUUGUUUCACUUUGCGAGACGAAAUUAUUUUAUUGAUCGGAUAAUUAUUUCUUCUAUUUCAUCUAAAGUUGUUACAGUUGUAAUCCAGGUCAAUUCUUUCAAGUGCUGUGGAAAUAUAAACUUCGAUAACCAGCAAAAAAUACCAGAUUAAACGUUACGAUUGAAUGAUUGUUCACGUGUCGAGGGAUUUCUUCAACCGUCCGACCGAUCGAAGUGGAAUACACUUGCUGUGAGUCAGCUCGGCGUUCCUUAACAACACUAUACCUUUCUUCAAAUGUUCUCGGUCAGGUCUUGAAACGUGUGUACGUGUGCGCUGGAAUUAGCGAAAAGGAACGAAAGAGUAUUUAUCCCCUGAAGUUGAUCGUCCAUUUCAACCAGAAACUCGGUUUGGUCGCCUGUAAAUCGCCACUUUAUUAAUCAAUAGCGGCCCAGAUUGGACAGUGAAGUUGUAAUGGCGGCUACUAUAGCAGACGAUAACAUAUCGGAGUUUGAGAAUAUGUAUAGUUAACACAGUUCAUCUGUAAAGUCAGUUCAAUGGAACGAAAUAAGUUAUAUAGUAAGAACGUGUCUAUGUUAUCGUGAUCAAUAAGUCACUUGUACUUUGUUUUUACUCAGCACAACGUACAAUAUGAAGGAUAUACCCGUGUGUAAAGAAUGGAAGAAGUUUAAAAAGCCCUUCUUCUCAAACAUGAAUUUUCCUAACACGGAUUAAUAUAGUUAAAGUCAAGCUGUACUGUGACGGUAAAAAGGAAUGUGACUGAGGUAGAAUGGCCGUGGUUUCAUUGUUAAAUCAGGCGCCGUACCGUAGGGCACACAGUAGUAGGGAGAGGUUAAAUGUAGCAGACAGAGAGGACGAAUCCUGGCUGCAUGGUGAUAACAGACACAAUAAUAAUCAUGCCUUAGAAAAUAAACGAAGUAGUGGCUGUAGGGGUACUCUAACAGGUAGCCAUCAGUGUUCAAUAGAAACCUGUGAUAGAAUAGCCAUAAAUGUCAGCGGCAUGCACUACGAGGCCUGGCAAACUGUUUUUGAGAGACACCCCUCCACUCUCCUGGGUGACCCCAAUAAAAGACAACGAUAUUAUGAUCGGCGAAAACGAGAGUACUUCUUUGAUCGACACAGACCAACAUUUGAAGCAAUUUUUAAUUACUAUCAAUAUGGCGGUGGGUUACGGCGACCAGAAACUGUACCGGACGACAUUUUUCAAAGUGAACUUGAUUUUUUUGAGAUAGAGAGUGAAGAGAUUGACGCUUACCGUGCAGAUGAAGGGUACGUUGAGGAGACCAUCCUACUUCCUGAGGGUCCCAUUCAGAAAAAAAUCUGGAUGAUCAUGGAGUACCCAGAAACGUCCAAACCGGCGUAUGUUGUGGCUAUUAUAUCUGUUUUAGUAACUCUUAUAUCUAUUGUAUUGUUUUGUGUUGAAACCAUACCAUCAGUGCAACACGUAGAAUGUGUACCUGGGAACAGCCCCGACUUUGCUGAACCUUUCUUUAUCAUCGAAACCCUGUGCACUUUUUGGUUUACCGUGGAAGUGGUUAUACGGAUUAUAGUUUGCCCCAGCAAAACUAAAUUCUUUAAAGAUUUUAAAAAUUUGGUGGAUAUUACAGCUGUUAUACCUUACUACGUGACGUUGUCAAACGUAUUAAUCACCAUGGACUGUGAUAGUGCUAAUACCAGCACAUCUCUGGCGUUUCUUCGAGUUAUACGACUGGUAAGAGUUUUUAAACUUACCAAACACUCGGCAGGCCUUCAGGUUUUAAUAAUGACGUUUAGGGCCAGUUUACAGGGUCUGUUGUUAUUCUUAGUCGCCAUGAUAGUAUGCAUUCUGCUCUUCUCGAGCGCCAUUUACUAUGCCGAACUCGGGAUCGACGAAUCCCAAAUAAACAGUAUUCCCGAUGGAUUUUGGUGGGCUGUGAUAACCAUGACAACGGUGGGUUAUGGGGACAAAGUUCCUGUUGGGGUGUGGGGUAAACUUAUCGGAUCUUUAUGUGCUUUGGCGGGUGUUCUAACCCUGUCUAUACCCGUGCCCAUUAUUACGGAAAACUUUAACAAAUUUUACGCUCAUAAAACCGGUCGUGGCCGGAUAUGACGUAAUUAGUACCAUACCAUCCAUAGUUGUUAAAGCUUAGAUCCUUCUCAAAAAACGAAGCAGUAAACAAGAUCAAAGUUUUUAUAAUCCUUUAAAGUAUGCAAGUCCAAUAAGAUGCAUGUCGUGAAGGAGUCUUGGACACCCAAAGCCAACAAGUGAUACUAGUGUGUUCCGGAUUGGUUUGUAUAAAGAUAACAAUUGAAGUGUCGUUUAUGAUAUCGACUGUAUACUAGUUGAGUGAGAAAAUGUUUCGUUAUUGAAAUUUGUUUUCAUUCCAAAUAAAUUUGUGAUAGAAUUUUUACAUGCCUAUUUUCCACUGAGAGUCGGUGUGAAGCAUUUUCCACUUUUUAAGCCACUAACACAUACCAUGCAUUACUUUCACCCACCACACACCUGUAUCGUGUAUGUUUUGUUUUGAAAUAUAUAUUAAAUUAAUUAAUAAUAAUUCAAAAAGUAUACAUAUUUAUGAAAAGAACCAAAAAAAUAAUAACAUUAUAGCUCCAUCUUAUAUAGUUGAUUUUCUGAAAUUUUCUCUAUUUAUAGUUUAAACAAUUUCCACUUGUAUGUUUUUGUCUAUUAGGAUUAGAAUCUUUGGUGAAUUUGGAAAGUAACCUUUGACCCCAAUCUUUUUGAUUGUAUUAUAUAAUAUCAUAUCAAAAUUUUUAAUUGAUGUCACCUUAUGGAAUAUUUUCAAAACCGCAUGCAAUUAUGUUGUUCCAGAUAUGAAUAUACAUUCUUUGAUAAUCCUUAAAGGAUUACAAGAUAAUCUUUUCCUUUAAGAUUUAUAAUUGGUUUUGAUCAUUUUUGAGUGACUUUGAUGAUAAUAAUAUGAACAUUGUUUGAUUUCAAACUGAAUGGAUUAAUAUAAAACUAGUGCGGGCAAUAGUUGUGAGACGGAGAAAGAAUCGGAUUUGGAAUAUGUUUUACAUGUGCAUGUAGUUCACAGGAUUUAUUCAAAGUGUUUUUACCCUUUUAUUUUCUAAAGUUAAAAUAGAGUUGGAUAGUUUAUGAUAUUCAUUAAGAGGAUGUUUUAUUCGUGGUUUCCAUUAUGUAUAUCAUGAUGUUGAAUGAUCGAUUGUGCGAUGCUAUUAAGCUUUCAGUUUUCUUGGAUAUAUUAUAUCAUGAUUAGUGUCUUAAAUAAUGGAAUUUACUACUAUGCAAUUUUAAGAAAACGGGUGAGUACGAGGACUUUUUAAACCUUUUUAAAGUUCUUCCAAUAUUAUACACCCGAGUAGUGUCACCACAUUGUUUUUUUCCCUUUUUGUUUUUCUAUUAUAUUGUUGCCCCUUACACCUAUUAGAAAAUAACAUUGUCGUUCACUAAACGGCGUUUCUUACGUUCUUUUAUCUGGUUUUGAAUUUAGUAUAAACCUAUGAUGUAUUUAAUAAUUAUUGUAUUCUAAUUUUGAAAACCAAAUAAGGUAAGUGGUGUGGGUAUCCGAGGUACUUCAACAUAUUCACAAGUCAACGGUUACGAGCGUUGUCAUUCUAUGAUGAAGUAAGGGAUUUACUGAUUAAUUGGCUACCCCUGGGUUCGGCCCCCACAUUAAUUUAAAGAUAGGCUAAGGACAGAAACAGACUUUCUCUCAGAAGUUGAUUUCAACUAGCAAUGUCUCUGCUAAUUCCGCAUAGAUUAAAAUGAACUAUACAUUUCCGAAAACCUUAUUCGUCACACUUAUUUGGGUUAUGUAUAACAGUUAUAGAAUAGAGUUAAUAUAAGCACGAAAUAAGCACGAAGUUGUAUCGACUAUUAUGAUUAGUUUGUCAGAGAAUCUAGUAGACCAAUGAAAUCAAUCGUCCACAAUUGCCUUCGAGUGUUGCAAUCGUUAGAGAUAUGAUAAUGCUCGCUACCAUUGCUUGGUGAAUAUGGUACUUCUUGUAAAUAGCUAUACGACUACCGAACUGCUUAAUGCUUAAUAAACAACUGUAGUGGCUAUAACAACCAGGUCACAUACCUUAUCAUGGUUUUCAAAAAAGAUGAUUUAAAGAAAUGGUAUCCAUGCUCACAUGAGUUCAUCAUACCAUGCAUUGGUCAGGUCCAAAUUACACAUUGUGCUAAAAAUUUCUCCCUUUUUAUUGAUCCAUCCGAGAGCAUUAUUGUUAUAGAAAGGUGACCACUUACAGACUGUCAAUAGAAGAAAACACACCAUUGUCUAUUGUGUUACAAUACAGUGAUUUAUUUGUGAAAGUGUAGUCAAGGGCUAACCUUUUUAAACAUGUGUCAAGGUCAUUGGAAAAUAAUUUUUUUUCUCUGAACAAAAGUGCAAUUCAUGAAAUUCUUAAACAAUUUCUAAUUUUCUAUUGCCAGAUUUUUUUCAAAAAGACUCUACCUUUAUAUUCCUCUUUAUUCCAUUUAAAAACCGAUAGUCAAAAACUAUCCACUUAUAAUUUCGACUGGCAAUUUUAUUAACAGAACGCUUGUUUGAAGCAAUCUGCUUAAGUCUUAGUAGCUUUAAGUGUUGAGGAGAGAGUCUUGUAAGAAUCGAUACAGAGAAAAGAAGAAAGAUUGAAUAGUGGACGACAAUGGUAUUUUGGUUACCAGGGAUUUUUAUUGUUAUAAAUUACUAUUACUACAAUAAUCCAUACUUUCAACAUCUUGUAACUAUUACUGCAAUUAAAGUUAUUACCUAAAAUAGACCCGUUUCUUCAGUGUAAUCGUAUUUAUAUAUAGUAACGACAUACAGAAGAUUGGUAUGAAAAUGAUAAAUCACAUUUGUGUCGCGGUAUUUCUAUAGAUGACUUUC